AUGACCCCGGCAGACGACAGCUACGAGAUUGUGGAUCAAAAUGGGAGAAAAUACCGAUAUUUUCCUGCCGGUCCUAAUCGCUCCAUUGCCUACAUAACAACCAGCUCCUCCGUCCAUCAGAGCUACGGUCUAUCCGACAAUCAACAUGAGCAGGAUGCUCAACUCCGAGCCGCCCAUGAAUUUCGUAAUAUGUAUACUAACCCUAGCCAAUCGUUCUUAACAGCAAGCAGUCAAUUGCCAGAAGCCAAUCGUAAUUCUCAUCGGCCUGUUCGGUUGAACUAUCCUACGCAAGCUGCUCCAGUCGGACCAGUCACGCCUCGUAACAUCCAAACUUUUACUCCGCAAACCAGCUCCUCUACGCCAACCCCGAGAUCCAUCAGGCCAUACCAGGUGGUUGACCAUGGGGCGUCUCCCAUUCAGUCAAACAGAAACUCUACUCUGUUGGACUUAGAUGAAGAGAUCGAGCAACUCCACACCACCGGCAGUCAUCAUCACUUUCUUCAGGAUCAUUCCGACAACGAGUCGGAUUCAGAGGAAGCAUCUCAUCCAGUCGAUCCCGAGCGCUUAAUCAUGAUUGAGUAUCGGUUCCACAUGCCAGUUGUUGAGGAACAGUCAAGUUCUACGCGCAAGAGAAAGCCAGCUAGUGCUGCUGUCGAGGUACCGAAGACAAGGGUGUUUGACUCGAUCCCCGGCAAGAUAACCGUGGCCUGGGACUUUGAAAAUACUGAUCUCUCAUCAUUCAAGUCGGACGUCUUCAAGGCCUUAUCGGAAGACGAUAAAGAUGAUGAUGGGCUACCCGAAUUUGUCGAAGCUCACGAGGCGAUUGGAAAUAUCAACUGGUAUGGAAGUGUCCUUCACUGUCGCGAUUUUGCGGUCGGUGGGAACAAGCAGCUCGACAAGCCGGGUGUGUUUGCUGCAUGGCUGACAGCUUGCAAGAAAAGUAAACCAGGUCGCAAGCUCACCUGUCGAUUAGAGCAAACAGACCCCAAGGCAAUUGCCAAGCGAGCGGCAGCAUUGAAGGGGAUAUCCAAGCGCCACAAACCGUCUUCAGAAGGAUCGACUUUUCAACCAUCAUCCGCGGCUGCUGAUAGGGCUAAGAUCAACCAGUUCAUCGGUGAGAUCUUUGCGACCCAUACGCCUCGCCCUUCGUUGACCGGAAGCUCCGAUAAAUCGGUCUUCAUUAAUCCGGAGAAAACCCAAGAGUAUUUUGUCAUUACGAUGGCCAAAGCAGAAGCGUGGGGGAAAGCAAUGAAUUCCAGCCCGGAAACCGUUGAUCUGCGUACGCCUCCAAAGACCCCUCAAUUCGAAUACAUAACUGGCCUACUUGAGCCUGAGGGAGGACAUCCGGCCCGUGGUAACCAGCUCCCGCCCUUCACAUAUAACCCAUAUGGAAAUAUGUAUCACCCGAUGCACUAUCCCCCAGCUUAUGGCUAUCAUGGUCAUCCUCAUCCACCUCCCCAUCCCACAGGGGCUGCUCCUCAUCCCGCGGUCGCUCCUCAUGAUUCAGUCCACCAAGCGAACCCUCCGAGAUCUCAGCCAGAAUCAUCUCCAGCCCCAUCAGACUCGGAAGUAGACGACAACAUACGUGAAUUUUUGAAGUACGCUCGGGUCGAUCCUGAAAGCUCCGCCAUCCAAGACGGCUUGACCAAAUUGGGAAUUACCCACUGGAGCAUGUUCAGACAUGUCACAUCCAAGGAGCUCUUAGAGGCCGGUGUCCCAUUGGGGCCGGCACGAACCAUCGAGCAGGCCGCAAAGCGCUACUCAGAUCACUUGAAGAAGCGCAGUCGAGCCAAUGGGGCCUAG